CUGACAUCCGAUAACCUCUUAUUGUUCGCUGGCUUCACAGCGGAUAGAAAAGUUCGCUAGUUUUAUUUCAGUCAACAUGGCGAUCAGCAUGAUUAGAAAGGACGCUUUUGUUUUGAUUUUCAUGACAGUGGUUAUAUUUGUGUCCAAUAGCAAAGAACAGAAGGAUAGCUUUCCUAAUGCUAGAGCUGCUUUUGUACACUCUGUAAAGUAUUGGAAAACCAAUAAUUGCGUUUUCCCACCAAAAAUAUUGUAUUCUUUUGGGAGAACUCCAUUUUUGUCUCCGUGUUGGACUAACUUCACUAAGUCUGAAGAAGUAGAAAAACAGAACCUUUUUGUUGGAAACAUUUGUACUUCUCUUGCGAACUUAGCUACAACUGUAUGUGAAUCUAAUGAUGUUAUCAGAGGUUAUUUGAAAGACUCUGUGGUUGUAGCUAUGCUUGAUUCUGAUCAAGAUGCAGAAAUAGAUGUUUGCAAAUCAAUUGAGAGUCUGAAGAGUAAUUUAAAUAUUAGUGAGGAAAGUAAUCUUCUGAGCUAUAUAAACUUUGUGAAACAGGAAGAUUGCAAACAAUUCUGUGUACAAAAGACUGGUGUUAGAUUUGUAUGUUUGUUACUGAGUGGCAGUCUGAACAUUUUGAUGAAAAAAUACCCAGCAGACCCUUCAAAUUCUGGGACUGAUGAUGACGCUGAUUCUACAGACAUUGUUGCCACAGCUACUAGACCUGAUGUAAAUGUCAUCAGUGCGAAUUCCACAACGGGUGUUAACACAAGCACUGCAGCUAGUAGCAAUGUUAAUUCCACGCAGGGUGUUAACGCAAGUACUACAGCUAGUAGCAGUGCUAAUUCCACACCGGGUGUUAACACAAGCACUGCAGCUAGUAGCAAUGUUAAUUCCACGCAGGGUGUUACCGCAAGUACUACAGCUAUUAGCAAUGCUAAUUCCACACAGGGUAUUAACACAAGUACUGCAGCUACUAGCAACGCAGUAUUAGUGGAUGUUGUUGGCACAAGCCCUAUUGGCAAUGCUGGUUCCACACAGGGUGACAACACAAGCACUACACCUAUUAUCAGUGCUAGUUCCACACAGAGUGUUGGCACAAGUACCGCAGCCACUGGCAUUUCAGCUUCAACUGAGGUUGAUAGCAUGAGCACUUCAGCUGUUAACCAUGCUGAUUCCACAACUGUUAACACGGUCACUGGAACAGACAAUGGCAAUGUUGCAAUUACUGAUGGAAAGAAUGACGUUGAUGCAAAUACUGAUAGAAAGAAUGGCGAUGGCACAAAUGGUGUGAAAGGAAAGGAUUCAGGAGCUGGUUACAUCUCGAAUGAACCUGAAUCACCUGGCUCGGGGAACUUCAUGGCCUACUUCCUCACAGUGGUGGUUCUCUGCAUCGCAGGCUAUGUGGUGUUUCACAACAAGCAGAAGAUUAUGGGCUUCAUCGUUGAAGGCCGAGCGAGUCGCCAGAGACGCAGAACAUCGGGUGGUGGGAAGUACAAGAAGCUGGAGAGUGGCGUGGAGGAAGUUGUGCCGUCUCUCGAUAAGUCAUCCUCGGUCAAGAACUUCAUCUACUGACCAGGGCAUAAUUCACAAAGGUCUCUUAGGUCUGCUAGACACCAAAGCAUUCUCUUUGCAAGUCUUUUAGCAUUGCACUAUGAGAUCGCAAAGUUACGAGAGUUUGAUGAAUUCGACUCCUGAUUACCACCUUCUAGCAGUUUACUAGUCAUAGGAGUUUUCAACUUUUAUUUUUUUUUAUCAGAUUUCGUCUCACGUAGAACAAUUUUCACAAGUAGGCUGGUUGUGAUCUGAAAUUAAAAACAAAAAAAAUACUUUUCUUUAUUUAUGGUUAUUGCAUUUUCAACUUUUUAGGGAUGGUUAAAAUGGUUUUAAGUUGCUAUUUUUAAAUGGUCAUAAAAUUUCUUUCUUACAUUUUCACAUUCCUCUUUCCUUUCAUUGCUUUUAAUAUCUGACUUUGGUUCAAGCAUGCUGUCUCUGGUACACGUGGUCUGCAUUCAGUGAUGGUAGGCAAGGCUAAUGAUGUUUGCAACAUUCAUAAGUUGGUUAUUCCCAUUUUUAAUGUGAAAUGCAAAAUCGGUCUAGUUAACGUUUUUCUACUUUAGCUAAAAUUUGGCCUGGGUCUAUCUGAAAUGUCUGACCAGUACAGAAGUUAUUGCUUGGUGAAUGAGAAGUUGGUGUAAUGUAAUAAAACACUGAAACUCGCUCUUAGUGAUAGUCACUACUGGGAUGCAAACCCAGUACCGACAUUUACUGAAGACUUAAUGACUAGACCACUCCAUUGACCACUCUCUUUCAUCUGUUGCUGUCCAACUCCACAUCCUAGUCCUUGCCCCUCCAACAGCGGCAGGUGCAUGUGUGUGGUCGUUGAUGUGUCACACACCUACCUUUUUCAUCAGGUUUUGAACGUUUGUCUACACGAAAAAACACAAAUCUUGAACAAAUUUUCUAGUUAAUGUUGGUUGGCAUAUCAUAUUUAUUUAUAUUUAUAGUUGGUUACAUAGGAUGUUCAUUAUAUUUCCUAGUGCUAAUAGGAUGUCAUUUGUUGAAAGUAUAUUGAACAUGUAUGUUCACUGUCUCAUAAAAACAUAUUAAUAAGUCUUAAGAUUACACACCACCAUUAAUUACUUCAUGCAGUUCAGUACUAUUUCUAUGUCAGAAUAUAUUCUGUGAAAAAUACAACUGUCGAGAGGGUCAUGUGACUACUAGUUUUAGGGAGUGCUCUCAGCUGACAUAAACUGUAAAACAUCAACAUAGGUCGACCACAACAUUUUUCAAUUAAUGGCCCUAUAGCUAUGCCCGACCACCACCUCGUGUUGCAGUUAUACAAGUGGCACCAUAUAUCACUUACACAGUUGUUAUCAGUUAGUACUACAUAUAACAAGUUACUUCAAACCAACGGGUUAUUUAAAUACUACAGAGGUCAACCUAUGCGUAUUCAUCAAAGAAAGAUUUUAAAAAGCAUAUCAGAAUUUUGUAGUAUUUUUUUUUAUGAGGAACUAUUUCCGAAACAGGACUAUAUUAAGCUGCUACAGCAAGUAACGACACAACAAAUGGUAGUGAGUUACCAUAAAUUUUGAUUUGGUCAUUUGAAAGUCGGGGGAGGGGGGGGGGGGGGAAUUUAACAGGGUAAAAUUACUUUCAUUUUGAUAAUCUUUGAAAAUUGUGAAAAGGAUAAUGGUAAAGGCCUUUUAAAGGUCAUAAAAAGUCUAAGUUUAUUGAUAUUAAUGAUAACAACAUGUUUGAUUCCUUAGUAAUAUACAUCCUACCACCACAUUGUUCAUUCAAGAUGCACACAGAUUGUUUUUUCUCUGUAUUUUAUGUUGUUUGAUCUGAAGUAUUCUACUUAGCUGUAAAUAAUAUUCCUACUUCUGUAACAAUCCUCUCCACAAUGUAGUUUGUUGGUGUAAUAUAGCACAACAGUUGAUCAGUUUGUUUCAUUUGCAUUUUUUUCUCAACUGGACUAUAAUUAAAUUUCUGUUACAUUUAUUACAACAUAACAUCCAGAAGUAGCAACGGGAGUUUGUUCAUUUCUUGAUGCACGUAAAAAUUACGUCGUCAGGGAACAUCAUAUCUGAUGACGUCAUUUUAUGUGGACAAGUUGUCCUAUUGAGCGAUAUUGUUUGUGGACCAAAAAGAAUUAAAAAUAAAGUAUGAACCUUUAGUGUUAUUAUUAGCAUGUAUGAUUAAAAUUUAAUUAUAGGUAUUGUCUGUUUUACGUUCAUCUAGGUAUGAACCAAAAAAAUCAUCCACAAGCUUAUGAGAACGGAUUCGCCAAUUCACACAGUUUGCGGAUGAUUUUUUGUUUUUUCUUACCCAGAUGAAUGUAAAAGAAAUAACAGAUAAAUUCUUAAAUGUAUGUCUGUCUGUCAAUACAGUUUGUAUGAUACGUGCUUGCACAGGCUUUAUAUUAAUUUCAUUAUUAAUUUGCCAAGAAGCCAAUUAAUGAAUCAUGUGCCCACUACACUGUAUGUGUAUUGUCAUUGGACCGAUUGAAACUUGAAUUUGGCAGCAGAUCUUCUCCACAAAUUUAUAAAAUUAUUACAAUAAUUUUGUUUGUUGAUCCAUAUUAAACCCUGUAUGAUAGUGUAUGUACAACCAAAAGAGGUUUGUGCAUGUCUGUCCUGGGCAGUUUGACACUCGAUAGCCAUGUCGGGGUGUCGUUAAACAUUCAUUCUAUCUGUCCUGGGCCAGAGUUCACCAUUUGAGACAAAUGUUAUUUGGGGUGGGUGGCCUCGGUGGCGCAGUGGUUAAGCCAUCGGACUACAGGCUGGUAGGUACAGUGUUUGCAGCCCGGUACCGGCUCCAACCUAGAGCGAGUUCUUAAGGACUCAAUGGGUAGGUGUAAGGCCACUACACUCUCUUCUCUCUCACUAACCAACUAACAACUAACCCACUGUCCUGGACAGACAGCCCAGAUGGCUGAGGUGUGUGCCCAGGACAGCAUGCUUGGACCUUGGUUGGAUAUAAGUACGGAAAUAAGUUGAAAUGAAUUCGGGGUGGGAGCAGAAGGGUUAACUAAUGCAUAUCCUACCAAUUGGUAACCAGACUCCACAAUUAAACCACUAUGUGAUAAAGUUUAAAUGUCAUUUUCUAUUGCCGUCCCCCCCCCCCCCCGUGCAUGCAAGCAAACACAGAGUUCAGAUUACAUGUACUUCAUUUUUGCAUUCCUUUUCAAUGUUCUUUAGUGUGUCUACUGGUUUUGCACAUAUUUCUUUAAAAACUUGUUAAAUGUUGAUCUUUAGUGUGUUUCUGUUGGUUUUUUCAAUGAGUAUGUACCGGUAUGUUACGGUUUUUUCUACAUAUUAAAAGUAACUCAAUACUUUGUAAGUAGUUGUAUUUGUAAAUUGUUGUAGGUUGGGUGUUUUUCACUGGAUGUGUAUUAUUUUCCAAUCACCUGAAUGUCUUGAAAAGGGACUAUCCUGAGUUUGUAGCCAUUUUAAAAAUAUGUCUGAGAAUACACUCAGUACUUUGUAAGUAGUUGUACCAUAUAUUGCUGUGUAUUAGCCGACUCCUUGGAUAAGCCGACCACUUAGUUUGACCCUAAAUAUCUAAUACAAAAUCAUCAGCUUUGUGUAUAAGCCGAAGUCAUCUUUUUUCCACCUUUAUGUUGUAUCGAUUUCAAUAAUAAAAUCAUAUUUGGAGAAUCCAAGGAAUCUUUUCGGGAAUGUAGGUGUAUGUAGCCUUUGGUGACAUCAUUGGAUUUUCUGGAUCUGCCACUGGUUAAAACAUGUUACGGUCAAACAGUGCUUGUUUUUUAAACCCAGGAAAAAGCAGGAUGUGUUUAUUUUGUUUGGGGGGGGGGGGGGGGGGGGAGAAACAGAAGUCUUGCUAGAACUGAAAACUCAGGAUAGACCCUUUAACCAUGUUGAGAAAUUUGUGAUUUUAUGUUUACACUUAAUUGCAUGUAUAUGUAUACUAAGGGUUAUACAUGUUGGCUAUUUGUUGUAUAGUUUUACUUUAAUUACAAUGUAUUUACAUCAUCUAAUAAGAAUUCCAGUUUAUGUUGUUAGUUUUUUGUUCAUUUGUGGUUGUUUUUGACACUUACAAAUAGUUGUAUCUUGUAUAUAUACAGUUGCCAUGAUAUACUUGUAGUGACCAUUACCAGUAUUAUCAAGGUUUUGGGUUCUCUUUCUAUGGUAUUCUCCGUCAUGUCCAUCUUUAAAGUUUACAUUUAUUGUGCUAUUUGUAUUCGUGUAUAAGAUGCAUUGAAGUCUGUUCAACAAUUGCAUAUAAACUGAAUCACCCUCUAUUGCUUUUUAAUGUGUUUUAAAGGCAAACAAUGCAUUCCACCAUGUUAAGUGUUUCAUAACUGUUAAACAGCCUAAUAUUACAAUAUGUAAUGUACUAAAGUUCAGUUACUAAAUGUUUUCUCAAAAUUGUAUUUUAUGUAAAAGCCAUGGUUUGUCCUGUCUUGUCUGGACUGAAAAUAUAAAUUGAUUCCAUGCUGCUAGUCCAAGGGUAACCUCUUGUAGUUGGAGUUUUCUUGUGUUGCUAUUUUUUAUUCUUGUGGUGUCUGUUUUUUAGUAAUGAUAAUAGUAGUAUUUUCAUGUUUUAUUGUUUAACUACCUGUUUGUGUGAAGACAUAUCCUUAUUGCAAUGAUAUUUGGUGUCGAGUUAGAAUUAGUGUUGUGUGUGGGUUAAUUUCAACCUGUUUAAUACAAACAAACAAAAAAGUUAGUGUUUUUUGUUCACCCCACCAACUUGCUCCCUGCUUUCCCGUAAGAAGCUGCACUUGUAACUAUGCAAUUGUAUCAUAAAGGGUUUUCUCUUGAUUUUUAGCUUUUCGUGUCACUUGUAUCUUUCUAAAGUCGAUGUUUAUGCAAAAUGUUUAGCGAAGUACAAUCUUACUCAUCAUGUAGUAGUUCAUUAUAUUACUACAUAUACGACCAGUAUUUUGCUUCAGGCUCAUUAUAUUAAUGGCUAGGUAUGGAUGUGAUGGAGUAAAAAAAUAAUUUUCAUUUGCCCAGAGCUACCCUGUGUGAGGAUCAGUUUUAAAUUUAAGAGAUGGGUAAAAAUCAAGCUAUUGGAUUUUUAACCCUCCAUCUACAUGGGCUAGGUUAACACUUAUCAUGAGUGGUGGCUUGUUGGCAAGUCUUUAGGCACCUUUGAAGGACAGUUUCAUACAAAGAUGAUGCAAGUCUUUAAGUCCCUUUGAAGGACAGUUUCAUACAAAGAUGAUGUGGUUCUAAGGUUUACAUAAAGUGAUAAGUGUCCUUAUACCCAACCUUUUUUCCAAAUCUAAUAUUGAAUGCAUGCUUCCAUUGUGUAUGCCAUGCUUAAAAGUUGAAGGGGCACACCUAAGUGACACCAGCUGGCUAGGGUCCUGCCAUACCCUUUCUCAAACCUACAGUUAAACAAUGCUAUCCUUCCCCAGCCUUCAAAAUAAAUUUAAACUUCUAAUAAUUUCCAAGAGAAAUAUCCGCUUUUCCAUAGAUAGGGUGUUCAGAACCAUUGAGAUCCAAAAUUGAGGAAUGCCAUGGGUGUAUUUGAGCAGGGAUAAAACAAACAAAACAAAUUGGUGAAUUUUAUUGUAAUUUGGCGAUAUAAUUACAUGUCAUGUUUCAUAUUUUGUUUUUGUCCAGAGCUACCCAGUGUGAGGAUAAGUUUUAAAUUUAAGAGAUGGGUAAAAAUCGAGCUAUUGGAUUUGAACUUUUUCCAGGAUUAUCCUGAUUGAAUUUUGGAUUUAUAUGUAUUUGUACAGUGUUUCCACAUUUUUUUUACAUUUUGAGCCAUUGUGGAACCAUAUCCUUAUGGCUAAUUCCAGAACCAGUGUUAAAAUUUCCCGAGUUGUUUUCGUAACCCACUUUCAUCUCUGGCCAUAUUGCUCUUGAGCUGCAGUUUAAAAAGGUAGGGCUUGGCUUGCUUUUUUGUGAUGAUAUAUUUUCAUAGAACACUCCUCAUGUAACAUUUUCAAGUUUUGUUUAGUAGUUUUAAAAUUGUUAUUACUCACUGAGGGUUGGAGAACUGGGACCUAAUUCACAAGGCCACAAAACAUCCUCUUGACAUUGCACUGUGAGAUCGCAAAGUUGCAAGAGUUUAGUGAAUUAGGCCCCUGGCUACUAGUACUGGUCCAUGUAUUUGUGCUGUUGGGGGGGGGGGGGGGGGGGGGGGGGGGGGGGGGUGGUGGUUAAACAUUCAUUGAUUGGUCCAUACAUGUAUAAACUUUGAUAAAGCCUGGGAUUAGUUUGAACAUACACAGUGUCACUGGUUGUAGUACAAUUGUACCAUGCAGUGGUCUCUCCAGUAUUCAGGAAUGGGAUGGAGGGAAUCGGUAGAGCUCGUUCCACUUGUAAGAAGGGAUGGUACCUAAGAUUUACAGGAUAUAAGUACUUUGAAAAUGUCUUGAAAACAACGAUGAACCUGAUUACUCUGGUAGUUCAAGACGAUGGCAUGAUUUGUGAUUUUAGAUGGCGGCCUAAAUAAACGGAUGGCAUAUAUUACUAUCGCUGCUAAUGGAUGUAAAUUAGUCUUCGGGCCUGCCAUUGCUUAUAUGUAGCGAGACCCCUGCCAUGUAUAAACCUUGAUAGACACUGGGAUCAGUUUGAACAUAUGCAGUGUCACUGGUUGUAGUACAAUUGUACCAUGUAUAAACCUUGAUAAGACCCUGGGAUAGGUUUGGACAUACACAGUGUCACUGGUUGUUUGUAGUACAUUUGUACCAUGUAUAAACCUUGAUAAGACCCUGGGAUAGGUUUGGACAUACACAGUGUCACUGGUUGUUUGUAGUACAGUUUACCAUGUAUAAACCUUGAUAAGACCCUGGGAUAGGUUUGGACAUACAUAGUGUCACUGGUUGUUUGUAGUACAGUUUAUCAUGUAUAAACCAUGAUAGACCCUGGGAUAGGUUUGGACAUACAUAGUGUCACUGGUUGUUUGUAGUACAGUUUAUCAUGUAUAAACCAUGAUAGACCCUGGGAUUCGUUUGUUGGACAUACACAGUGUCACUGGUUGCUUGUAGUACAGUUGCAUAUGUAUAUUGUUUGUUAAAAGUUUUUAAUAUAUCUUUUUCUUUUUUGAAAAUAGUUUUAUGCUUUGUUACAGUGUAAUCAUGUGGGUUGUAUAUUUAUGAGGAAAUAAAAAUUUAAUUUUA